GGAUCGGUGUUGUGAUGUAAGCAAACAAGCAAAAAGCCUCUGCCUUAGCCUUUCCCUUCAUCUCUUGCUCCUUCACUCACUCUCGAUCUCAGAGACACGAAACCAAAAAAAGCUUUCUUCUCUUCCUAAAGGCUUCAAAUCCAUAACCAGCAAACAAAAGUUUCUUUCUCAAUCAAAAUCUCCUCCAAAGCCCUUUCUAACUUGGCUUUUUUUUUUCAACUGCGCUCGCUCCGUGCCUCCUCCGUCGUCUCCUUCUUCUUACGUAAUCUCGAAGUCGGUUGUUGUUCCAGUCCUGCCAUGGCCGAAGGGAAGUUCGAUCUGCCUGACGAUCUCAUCUUUUCCAAAUCUGAUCAGUUGAAAGAAUUGGCCUCAGAUAACAACAUUCCUUUGUCUCCUCAGUGGCUUUACACGAAAUCAACCGAUAGCAAGAUGGAUGUUCGAUCUCCUACUCCUGUGCCCAUGGGAAACCCAAGUGACCCUAAUCUCAAGGAUGCAUGGCGCUUGGAUUCACCCGAAGACAAAAAGGACUGGAGGAAACUUGUGCCUGACAAUGAAACUAGUCGCAGAUGGCGUGAAGAGGAAAGAGAAACUGGUUUACUCGGUGUCAGGAAAGCUGAUCGGAGAAAAACUGAACGUCGCAGUGACAAUGUCCCAACCAGAGAAACUGGUGACACUAAAACUACUGCUUCCUCUGAUAGGUGGCAUGAUGUUACUUCUCGUGCUGCUGUACAUGAACCUCGCCGCGACAACAAAUGGUCAUCUCGCUGGGGUCCUGAUGACAAAGAGAAAGAAACCCGUUCUGAGAAGGUAGAUAAUAAUAAUUACAAGGACAAGGAAGAGCCUCAUAGUGAAAGCCAAUCUGUGGUUAGCAGCAUCCGUGCUACUUCUGAACGGGACUCUGACCCUCGUGACAAAUGGAGGCCACGUCAUAGGAUGGAAGCCCAGUCUGCUGGGCCGACUUCUUAUCGCGCUGCACCUGGGUUUGGACUUGAUAGAGGACGAGCCGAGGGCCCAAAUUUAGGCUUCACUGUGGGCCGAGGAAGGGCAUCUGCAGUUGGGAGGGGUUCGUCAACCUCCUCAAUUGGUGCUGGUGCAUGUGCUUUUUUAGGAAAUGAAAGUAUUCCUGAUAAACAAAGCGCUUCAGCCUCUAUGUUUCGGUAUCCAAGGGGUAAGUUGCUUGACAUGUAUAGAAAACAGAAGCCUGAUUCUUCCCUAGGUAGGAUACCGACUGAGAUGGAGGAAGUUGCCUCCAUUACUCAAGUGGCUUUGAUCAAUCCUCUUGCUUUUAUUGCACCUGAUGCCGACGAAGAGGCAAGCCUUAACGGCAUAUGGAAGGGAAGGAUCAUUAGUAGCGAAGUUUACACUCCAUCUGAGGAAGAAUCCUCAGGUGGUGAAAACAGCAUGGGUGAAACAAGAGCGGAGAGUUCUUUGGUAGGGUUUGUGAAUGGUGACAAUGUUUCCAUGCAAAAUAGUGAUUCUGGGUUACUUGGUAGUCAAAAUGGAGGUCUGGGGGGUGAAAUUGUAUUCCCAGGAAGAGCUGGAGGUUCUGGUUAUGCAUCGUCAAUAAAAUCUUCUACAAGUAUUCAUGAUGCUUUAAUGGAAUUUCCUGGCCAGUCUGCUAUUCCUGUUGAAUCAACUAAGGCUGCUACUCGUAAUCAGAAUGAGAAUACGCUGCACCCGUUUGGUGUAUUGUGGUCUGAGCUAGAGAGCGGUAGUACACCAGUUAACCAUUUAUCAAACAGAUCUUAUGGUGCAAUGGAGGAGCUUACCAAUUCAAUAAACAACCGUCCCAUUAAUUCCCGAAGAAAUACACAAAUUGACCCCACCAUGUCUCUCGAUAGUCUAGCUGCUAACCGUAUGCCACAAUUUGAACAUGAAUCCAACUUCUUUAGUCAUGGGGAUCAACUUCCAUCAAAUCAACAUCACCAACAGCACUUCCAGAAUCGGGAUAUGCUAUCACAGUUACAUUUAGGUGAUCAAGCUCAGGAUCUGGAGCAUUUAAUAGCUCUCCAGAUGCAGCAGCAACAGAAGAUGCAGUUGCAACAGCAGCAGAAGCUUCAAUUGCAACAGCAGCAGAAGCUUCAGUUGCAACAGCAGCAGAAGAUUCAGUUGCAACAGCAUCAGCUACAACAAGAGCAUCAGUUACAUCAGAAGCUCUUACAGGAGCAACAGCAUUCCCAUGCUCGGCAAUUACAUUUUCAACAGAUUUUACAAGGACAGACUACUGAUUCAAGGUUCGGGCAGGCACAUGACUUCCCUCGAUCCAACAGUGUUGAUCAGAUGUUGUUAGAGCAGCAGCUGAUGAAUGAAUUGCAAAACAGUUCUGGCCAUCCGUCACAAAAUUUCGCACCAUACAUUGACCAACUUGCUGGAGGAAAUUUUGGGCAGCUGUUACAUGAAGGCCACCAAAGGGAGCUGCUUGAACAGCUACUUUCAACACAAAAGCAAUCUCAAUAUGGACAACUGCAAUCUCAACAUGGACAACUGCAAUCUGAUCCAAUACGCUCUUUGGAGUACCAGCUGCUUCAGCAAGAGCAGCUUAUGCAAUUGGCAAAUGGUGUGAGGCACAAUACCUUACUGGAGGAACAGAGACAUAAUCACCCUCUGUGGCCGUCUGACCAUAAUGAUCAGCUUCUAAGAACUCAUUCUGGGAUCAAUCGGUCGCGCUCUUCUGCAGGAUUUAGACCGUUAGAGUUUAAUCAACAUCAACAGAGGCCACCCUUUGAGGAUCAGUUUGGUCAACUUGAGCGGAACCUUUCAUAUCAGCAACGACUUCGACAAGAACUAUUCGAGCACGGUCUUCCAUUUGAGCGAUCAGCAUCGGGGAUUAAUCUGGAUGCAGUAAAUGGUCUUAGUCUCUCUCAGGGUUUGGAUAUGCGGGAUGCUACUGCGCACAUGCAAUCUUCUGGCAGAUUGGGAAAUCCCACUCAUGGUUUCAACCAUCAGAAUCCCCGUUUACCAUUGGGUGAACCACAUUUUUCACAACUGGAACCAAUGGAAGGACGCUGGUCUGGAGCCGAUACACAGCUAGCUGGUGACUGGGCCGAAUCUCAAUUUCGUAGAUCAAAUAUGGAAACUGAACAUCAUCAAAUGAGGUCGGAAAUUAGAAGACAGGGUGAAGAUUCCAACUCUUGGAUGGUAGGUGGAUCGACAAACGACAAGUCAAAGCAGCUCUUUAUGGAGUUGCUUCACCAGAGACCCGGCCAUCAAUCUACUGAGUCACCAAGCAUGAACCUCGGGGAUACUUAUGACAGGAUGGCUCCUUCAGGCCUUACCCCAGGGAUUCAAACGCAUGGUGGCCUUGCGGACCAUGGUGGUAGUCUAAACGCUUCAUCUGCCUUUGGGGCUCGGUCAUUAUCUGAGGAACAGGUCAACAGAAUACCGGGAGAUAGGAAUAAUAUGGGAUCGUUGCACCGUAAUAAUUCAUUGCUUUCUGGAAUUAUCGAUGGUGGACGGUCCACUCAGAAUGAAGGUCAAGCCUUUAGUAAUAUGUUUGCUAUGAACAAGGACGCAAAUGACAUCAAAACGUGGAACAAUGUGCCGCCAAAAAAUGAGGGAAUGGGAAGGAUGAUGUCGUUUGAAGCCCAAGACAGAAUGGGCAAGCAAGCAGUAUUAGACUCUCUGGUUCAAGGGGAGCUUCCUGUUGUUACGCGUAGCCAACAACAGUCUUCUUUCAAUAUCUCUGACCAAUACAGUGAUAACUUGGUUGGAGAAGAAAGGAGGAAAGAUAGGUUGUUAGUGCCAUCACAUGGGCAGGAUUCAGUUUUGUUAAAAAAGCCUCCUUCAUCCCAUUCUUCAUCGUCACAUGAAGGAUUGCUCGAGCGUAUGUCUGACACAGCUAGCAGGACAGCAAGUUCUUAUAGUGGGAUAGAAGGAGGUGUGAGACGGGAAUCAGGAGCAGCGGGAAACAAAGGGAUGACUGCAGAGCCGUCAUUCAGUGAGAUGUUGAAGAAGAGUAAUAGCAUGAAGAAGGUGGCGGUAGAGUCAACUAAUACAACCGAAGGAAGCAAAGGUGGAGGUGGGAAGAAGAAAGGGAAGAAAGGGAAGCAGAUAGAUCCCGCCCUUCUCGGUUUCAAAGUCACUAGCAAUCGCAUUCUUAUGGGCGAGAUCCACCGCGCUGAUGAUUUCUAACUUUUUUUGUUCUUCUGUACAAAAUCUUUACAUGUAAAGAUUAGCUUCUCAUACUUAGGCGUAUAGCUCUUUUCCAGACACAUUUCUUCCAUCACAUUAGAACACAGGAAUUAAUAAUGUUCAUUUAGUUCGGAAAUUGUUUGGUUCGUACUCGUUAAAAUUUGUCUUA